CCAACUGUGUGUAAUGAAAAUUCUGAAAUGAAAAUAUAUUAUGUUAUAAGUUUAACCAUCAUAUUUCAAUGUUUUAAAAAUGGUUCUUUUAAAGAUGAAAAUGAAGAAACUGCUUUGAGUCGAAAUAAAAGAUUUCUUAUGUUUCCCAGUGGUGGUGGAACCAACAUAAUACAGUUGAUUGUUGGUCUAGGCAUACCUGUCGAAGUAAGUCCAGAAUCGGUUAUAUUCGGAUGGGGUAUAAGAGCAGUUUACGGCUUGCCAGCAAACAUAUCAGCACUCCAAUAUUCAGAUUAUGGAUCGAGUCGUAAAAAGAGGCAUGUUUCAAGAUGGGAUAUUUACAAAAUGCUGGAACACGAAGCCACGUCUAGAGGGUAUGAAGGAAAAUCUUGUGUUUUAAGAUCAAUAUGCAAAGCUGCAGAGACGCCAUUAGAUAAAGAUCACGGUUUAUUUGAAGAAUUGUUCCAUUCAAUUUUUACACCAACAAGUACUAACGAAGAAGUAGAUCAUCAUACAGAUAACCAGUAUUUUGCAGCACAAGCUCUCGGUAUGAACAAUGGAGGAAAAUGUCACCAAUUUUUCCCAGAAUGUGAUGCAUCAUUAAUG